AUGGUGUCAGAAACAAGUCAUGCAUCAUCAAUGGCACAAAAUGUAGGCAUUAAAAGAAAAAAAUUAUGGAUUAUUCUGGGUAUUAUUGUUGCUGUCGUAGUCAUUGCAGCAAUUGUUAUUCCGACUACUAUUGUUCUUACGAAAAGGACAAAAGCAACAACAACAAUAGCUAUAACAAAUCGAACUUCGUCAACUAAUGCAGAUAUCAAAACAACAACAACAACAUAUGUAUCAACAAUCGGUGAAGUUUCUUCAACAAAAGAAGGUAUGUAA